CUUCCCUGAGGAAUGAGAUGAAGAUUCUUCAUGUAGAGGAACAUGGAGUGUCUUUAGAGGAAGUGCAUGAGGUCACCAGAUUCCAUGCUAAGAUUCUCCAUCCCAAGUUCUCAGCUAUCUCUGUUAUACUGAGAUAUAUAUUUUCUUGGAAAGUAGAUGUCCACUGUGAGCUGAUGCUCUAUCUGACAGUGAAAAGGGAAACAUUAAUUUCUCGCCUAUACCUGUUCCCCAGUAACCGCGGCCAAAUACAGGCUGUGAAACAACAGGAAAUGUCUGAAGGGUCUAAAAGGAUUCUCAUCACAAAUCCAGAGCAGUCCUUCAAACUGAAUAGUUCCUUCAGACUGAACAUUCCCUGUUCUACCUCCAUCAAUCCACAGAAGAUUCAGCUCAUACAUAGAGACAACACACCAAGCUUUUUCAGGGCGGUUAUGAAAAUUACAGGGAUUGAGAUGGAGUUAAUCGGUGAUGAUGAGAGGAUAGUAUGGAAAGAAAAUGUACCAAAAGAUGAAUACAUCACUGAAACCCAUUCAACUAGUGCUGUGUCGGGGGCAGGGCGUCCGGCUGAGAGCAGUCUGACUGGUUCUGCAGAGCAGCAGCUGCAUUCUGUACGGACAAAGUUUGUGAAACGAGUGUCAAGAGCUGUCCUGAAUGAACUGCUGGACGGACUCCUGCAACACACAGUCAUCAACCAGGAGGAAAUGGAGUCCGUGAAGGUGAUAGCUGAGAGGACAGAGAAGGCACGUGACAUCAUCGACAUGGUGUUGAGAAAAGGAACUGAGUCAUGUUCCAGGAUGAUCAACCUUCUUGGGGAGCUGGACCCCUGUCUUUACACAGAGCUUCAGAUCAACAGUGUUGGAGUACCAACCUAAUGGUAGAAUGGAUAGUAACAGUGUUGGGGUACCAACCUAAUGGUAGAAUGGAUAGUAACAGUGUUGGGGUACCAACCUAAUGCUAGAAUGGACAGUAACGGAGUCAACAAACUCUGUCACACACUCUGUUACUGUGACGACCCUCCCACUUUGCAGAAUUCUUUCUCUUUGCUCUUGUUUUCCUUAAUAGGAUGAUGGUGGGCGGAGCUGGGAGGGUCGUCAGCAAAAUGGGACAUCUGGUGUCAUGACGUUGCCCUCUUUGGGUACAGCGAGCACAGUUGACCCCCCCUCCCUCUGCACCAGCCUUUUCUAUGUACCAUCCCCCAACCUCUAUACUCCUGACCCAGGCUGCUGUGGUCAGAAGAGGUCGUAAAUUCCCAUGAGGAGAAUCUCUCCUCAUGGCCACAGUAUAGAGACAGAGUGGGUUUCAUAGAGAAC